UCCAGAGAGGGAAAAGUCCAGAGUCUGCCUUGCACCUAUGUGCCUAAAAAAACGGGUUUAUGGGUCUUAAAAAGGCUGUUUUGAAGAUGAGCAUGUACCUGUUGUUGCUGUACCUGGUUGUGCUGCCACACGGGGGCAGAGCCGGAGAUAACCAGUCCGGCUGCGACAGUCCAGAAGUUGUGAGGGUUACCGAGGAGGCCGUGGAUCAGAUGAAUCAGGAUCGGACCCAAGGAUACAUCCUAGGCUUCAACAGGCUGUACGACUUCUCACACACGCCUGGAAAGAACAAAGGGGAGCAUCUCUAUAAACUCAACAUCGACGUCAUUGAAACCGAAUGUCACGUCAUCAGCAGGAAACCAUGGAAACAAUGUGACAUCCGAGGACUCGAUUCCGUUCCCGUAUACGGAGAGUGUCAGGUGUCGGUGUAUGUUGACACGCAAGUCAGACUUCAAAGUUACUCCUGUGCACUCCGUGAAGUUCCUGGCACUGAAGUGUUGGAUGCGUGUCCAGACUGCCCAAUGGCCGAGAAUGUGAGCGAGCCAGUCAUCAAGGACAUAGCACGUCUCUCUCUGCUGAGGUUCAACGAAGAGAACCACUCUGAUCACUUCUUUAAGCUGGAGAAUAUUACAAGAGCCAGUUUGCAGUGGGUUGUGGGUCCAUCCUACUUUGUCGAGUUCACCAUCAUAAAGACGUGUUGCUCCAAAAAAACUGAAGUCGGUGAAGUAGACAAUUGCCCGCCAAUGGACCGUCACUUUGCCCAUCGAGGCUUCUGUUGGAGCUCACACACGGAGGAUGUGGACGAUGGUGGGAUCCGAUUCACUGUUGGGAAGGACUUUCAGAAAAGAAAGAUUGUAGAUGUCAAGUGUGAGAUCUUUGAACCUCAGCACCAUGACCAAACAGAGUUAAUCCCCUGUGAGCGAAUUAACUCGACAAGACCUGCCGCGAGUCAAGGUGUUUCCAUGGCGAGGGGCCUCCUGGGGUCUGUGAUAGACCAGCCUGCAUCUCCCAGAUCAGCUCCACUGGCUCGUUCCUGUCCUGGCUCCCGUAGACACGACCUGGGUUUAAGUAAACUAAAGCUCUAAAUGCAGUCUAUGAUGCAA